AUGGAAUCGCUGCGGAAAUCUAGUAGAAGUACGAAGGGGAAGAAUACAUACCUGGAAGUACUUAGGAGACAAGAGGAAGAAGAGUACGAGCAGCGAGUGAAUCGACCUAAGAAAGAAAAAGUACAGGAAAUUGUACAUUGUUCACCAUGUGGAACCACUGAUGCUAACUAUGUUGAGGAUGAGGACCCUUAUGGGGAAAUGAUUCAGUGCGAUCAAUGUGAUACUUGGCAACAUAUCAAUUGUAUGUUACAAGUAAAGGAUAUCAAGGUACCAAAAGAACUAGAGAAUUCUGAUGAUGUGGACUCUCUGAGUAAACUUUUAGUGAAUUCAGAGGACAAGUAUUAUUGUGACAGAUGCAUUUAUAAAAGUCAACUACGCGAAGAAAGACGUGCUUAUAAGGAAUUGAACAAAUCCGAGAUGAUUGGUGAUAACGAUAUACUAGAUGAACCAAAAGAACAUCCAGAUGAGUAUGUUGAUGAUCAAGAUGAGGACCAGGACUUUAUACUGAGCAAAGAUACCGCCAAUAUUGCUGAAGUUGAUGACGACGAAUUCGUCGAAAACGACGAUAAUAGGGUAAAGAAGGAUAAAAGGAAACGCAAACCCAGUAACAGUGCUAUAACAACUACCAAAACUGUACCCAAAAAGAAGGCGAGGGUUAUUACCGAUGAUCAGACCGAAACUGAAACUAUACCCUCAGAAGACUCCUAUGCGAAAGUCCGGACAAACGCCAGAAAAAUGUUGGUUACAUUAUUCAAAAAUUAUAUUAUACCAGAUACAUUAAAGAACAAUGUCUUUGAGAUUGUCAAAGGACAUGAUGAACAAAGUAUCUCAGAUGAAUUUGCAGAGGAGAUGGAAAGUAAACUCUUUUCCCAUUGUAGGAGCAUAAGCAACUAUAAAACACUUAUAUCUGUAUAUACAGAAAAGGUUCGUGUUCUAUUCAGUAACCUGAAAGAUCCAAAGAAUCUUAGUCUAAAGGAAGCUGUUAUUAACAGGCAACUUGAUUUAGAACAAUUGGUCUCUAUGUCAGCGACCGAUCUAGCUAAUCCUGACCUUCAGAGUAUGAAAAAGAAAAUAGAUUCCCAGAAGAUAGACAGUUUGGUUAUACCAAAUCAACCAUUAGAUAAACUUAAACAAGAUAACUCCGAGGAUGACCAUAAUUCCUUUGAAUUCACCAAUCCAACAUUUACAAAAACUUUCAAUCCUAAAGACAUACAUGAGUCUAAUUCGAAUAACAGACCGUACACUACUGACUCUCCAACGAACAGCUACACAGAUGAACCUGACAGUAUGAAAAGUGAUAGUAACAAUGGUGUUGAUACAAAUGAUCAGAAUAUAUUGAAUGUUAAGUUUAAACUGGAUUAUAACGAGGUAGAUCUGAAUGUAGUUGGUACAUUCAAAUUUUUAGGGUCUACGCUUUUAGACGAGAAUCAAGAGCAUAAAAUAUAUCAAGCUGUAGUAGGGGACGGCAAGUUGAUAUAUGAAGGAAGGUUACAUACAAAAAUUGCUACGGAAUAUAUUUCUGAGAUAAAAACUACAAGAGCUGUCUUAGCAUAUCAACUUUUACCAUCAGCAUCACAUAGGGAGAAGUAUGAACAGCUGGUAGAAUUCAUGGAUGAUCUCGAUAGAGUACUUGGGAUGAAACCUAGGAAACCUUACGUCAAAAAUAUGUACAUUUUAAGUUCUCUGCUUGGCAAACUCCCUGAUAUCCUGCAAAUACUGACCACAGAUGAAAGUAUUGCCAAGAAGAGAAUUGACUUGUCACGAAUUAAUGAUAAUGAUAAAACCUUGUAUUUAGUGGUUGUUGUUAAGCCAGAGAUUGUAUAA